AUGCAGCCCGGCAUCCCUUCAGCUUCGACAGCCAAGAGUCAGCUAGCCGCCCUGACCGUCAAGGCUGCGUACGACGACGGCAACUACAGCCGCGACUUGUUCCCCCACUGGGAGACGGUCAGCGGUGCCUGCAACACCAGGGAGUACGUCUUGAAGCGAGAUGGCACCAACGUGGUGACCGACAGUAGCUGCGCCGCCCAGUCAGGGACCUGGGUUUCCCCGUACGACGGAGCUACCUGGACGGCAGCCUCCGACGUCGACAUCGACCACAUGGUGCCGUUGAAGAACGCCUGGAUCUCAGGGGCGAACACUUGGUCCACUGCCAAGAGAACGCAAUUUGCAAACGACAUAGAUCUGCCUCAGCUCUGGGCCGUUACGGACAAUGUGAACCAAGCAAAGGGCGACAAGUCCCCGGAUGCCUGGAAGCCGCCCUCGACUUCUUUCUACUGCACGUACGCGAAGAGCUGGGUCACAGUGAAAUAUUCCUACGGGCUCAGCGUCACUUCUGCCGAGAAGUCGGCUUUGACAAGCAUGUUGAAUACGUGCUGA